GUAUCAAAUCUUCGCAGUGCUCAAGUGGAGUUCGAAGCGAUGAAAAUGGAAGUGAAACGAUUAUUGGAUGAAACAGAUCAGUUACAAGCCGAUAAGGAGGAGGCAAACAAAUUAACUGUUGUCGCACAGAAACACAAGCUGGCCUAUAAGAAGGAACUAGAGCAGAUGAGAAAUGCGGAACACUUGCAACAACUCAACAGCAUGCUCUUUGGAUUGCAGGCCAGUAAUGAUGAUGAUACGCAGGCACUGAAACAGUUGGAAUCGUCAUUCAUCAGCGACAGUAAUGAUUUCGGUAAAAUGCCACCGAAAGGAUCGGAUCUGUUCUCGGAGAUUCACGGCGAUAUGCACGGUAGGAUCAGUGAGCUUGAAGCAAAGAAUGACCAACUGUCGUUGAACCUGAAGGAUGCCGAACGCGAUAUCAGUUUCGUCGUUCCUGUGCUGAAGAAACUUGAA